AUGAGGGUCUUGUAUUCCAUCCUUGGAGCACUGGCCUUGCUGUCUGUAGUUCCUCAAGCCAGGACCUUUUUUUUAAAAGACACAUGCUCUUUAGAAUACUUGAACUGCAGAAUGAAGUGCAAUCCCGACGAACAUGCAAUUAAAUACUGUGCUGACUGGACCAUCUGCUGCAAAGCAAAGAAUACGAAAUUUAAGAGGAAAAAGAAGUGGUGAAAAGUCCAACUUCAUCUUCUUCGGCUUCCAGGAAAAGAAACUGAAAGUAUUUAAAACUCUAUUUUCUAUCUAAGGAUAGUUAAUAUGAUGGAUAAAUGAAAUUCACAAUGAAUAUAUGUUUAAAU